GAGGGGGGUUUUUUUUUUCACGGUGUCAUAUAGCAAUCUCGGCGUCGCUUGGAAAAUGUGUGGAGGUGGUGGUGCGAAUUUAUGGGCUGUUUACAUGUAAGGGGGUGCGCGGAUUGUUGGAUGAGGGAUGAGGGAUGAGGGAGGAGGGAUCUUUCUUGGGGAGGAGGAGGAAGAGGAAGAGGAAGAGGAAGAGGAAGAGGAAGAGGAAGAGGAAGAGGAAGAGGAAGAGGAAGAGGAAGAGGAAGAGGAAGAGGAAGAGGAAGAGGAAGAGGAAGAGGAAGAGGAAGAGGAAGAGGAAGAGGAAGAGGAAGAGGAAGAGGAAGAGGAAGAGGAAGAGGAAGAGGAAGAGGAAGAGGAAGAGGAAGAGGAAGAGGAAGAGGAAGAGGAAGAGGAAGAGGAAGAGGAAGAGGAAGAGGAAGAGGAAGAGGAAGAGGAAGAGGAAGAGGAAUAUAGAUAUGUGAUGUGGUAGGAUAGGAAAGAAUGUUUCUAUUGCGAUCUAGAUCUAGAUCUCGACCAGUUUUUGGAUUGAGACGAGAUGUGUGUUGACGGAAGAGAGGACGUGGUGAGAGAUGCUACUUGCUAGUUGAGUAGUAUAUAAAGUCCACCAGUGAAGUGAGUGUAUGGAUUGAUGGGACACUUCUCGACUUUUGAAAUUUUUCACA